UCCCACAGCCCGGCACCGAGUGUUACUGUUUUCUGCAGUUCCCGUCCGCAUCGCCCCGCCAUGGGUCUGGAGCUCUACCUGGACCUGCUGUCCCAGCCCUGCCGCGCCGUCUAUAUCUUCGCCAAGAAGAACGGCAUCCCCUUCGAGAUGCGCACCGUGGACCUGCUCAAAGGCGAGCACUUCAGCGAUGCCUUUGUCCAGGUGAACUCCCUGAAGAAGGUGCCUGCCCUGAAAGAUGGGGACUUCACCUUGUCUGAGAGUGUGGCCAUCCUGCUCUACCUGACCCGCAAGUAUAAGGUCCCUGACCACUGGUACCCCCAGGACCUGCAGGCUCGAGCACGAGUGGAUGAGUACCUGGCAUGGCAGCACAUGAACCUACGAAGAAGCUGCCUCCGGGCCCUGUGGCAUAAGGUGAUGCUUCCGGGUUUCCUGGGUGAGUUGGUAUCUCCCGAGACUCUGACAGCCACCCUUGCAGAGUUGGACGUAUCCCUGCAGCUUCUUGAGGACAGUUUCCUGAAGGACCAGGCCUUCCUUACAGGGCCGCACAUCUCCUUGGCUGACCUGAUGGCCAUCACAGAGCUAAUGCACGCUGUGGGUGCUGGCUGCCAGGUCUUUGAAGGGAGACCCAGGUUGGCUGCAUGGUACCAGCGUGUGGAGGAAGCAGUGGGGAAGGCCCUCUUCUUGGAAGCCCAUGAAGUCAUCCUGAAAGCCAAGGACUGUCCACCUGUAGACCCUUCCUUGAAGCAGCAGUUACUGUCUAGGGUGCAAGCCCUGAUCGGGUGAGCCAGGAAAGCUCACUGCCCUUCGCAGUUGGAGAAGUGCCUUAUCUCACAGGAGGUCGGCCCCGAGUAAGGAGUGGCUUGUCCUAGUCUUACUGCACCUCUACUGUCCAGCCCAGGGCUUUACCCCAGUGUAUCUUUCACAGCUGCCUAAGACACAGUGUAAACAGCGCUUGAACUUGUCUCCUUCAAUCACUGCAUUUAUUUUUGAUUGUUUCCCACCCCACACCCCUUUUCAGUUUAAACAAUAAAACUGGUUGGUCUCA